AUGAAGAACUGCUCCGGUUACUUUGUGUAUCGGCUGUGGCCGACAGCCUGGAGUAACGCUGUGUUCUGUACAGAACCUCUGUCGGACACAACUGAGGAACGCCAGGGAUCGGUGACCGGAGAGCCUGGUCCAGGGUUGACCACCAGCCCAGCAGGGUCUGUGAGCUCAGACCUGGAGGUUUCCACAAUGGAUCAGCCCGAUGGAUCAUCUACAGGACAACCCACCCCAUCACCAUCCUCUGUCUCAGUGGGAGAGAGGUCCUCAGGUAGUUCCACAGGGAAACAGACCGAUGGGUCAGUGUCUGGAGAACACACCCAGAAAUCAUCUUCUGUUCCAGCAGGAGACACGAGCCCAGAUCCUGGGACUUCCACAGGGAGAGAGUCUGAAGGGUCAUUCACUGGAAAUCUUUCCAAGAAAACGUCUUCUCUCCCAGCCGGAGGGACAACCUCAGGUAGUUCCACAGGGAAACAGACCGAUGGGUCAGUGUCUGGAGAACACACCCAGAAAUCAUCCUCUGUCCCAGCAGGAGACAUGAGCCCAGAUCCUGGGACUUCCACAGGGAGACUGUUUGAAGGGUCAUCCUCUGGAAAUUUUUCCAAGAAAACGUCUUCUCUCCCAGCUGGAGGGAUAACCUCAGGUAGUUCCACAGGGAAACAGACCGAUGGGUCAGUGUCUGGAGAACACACCCAGAAAUCAUCCUCUGUCCCAGCAGGAGACACGAGCCCAGGUCCUGAGACUUCCACAGGGAAACAGUCUGGAAGGUCAUCCACUGGAGAUUUUUCCCAGGAAACUUCUUCAGACCAAGCUCGAGAUACAGCCUCAGGUACCAAGUCUCGUGAAAGUGUGUCAUUCCAUAACUUUGUAACCUGGAAGCUCUCAUGA